CAGGUUUAUUUAUAUCUCUGUGUCCACAAUUCAAAUCUGUUUCGAUAAAAUAAGCAAGCUGGUCACUGUUUUAUGAUUUUAUUGACCUUACACAAUGAUUUUUAAACGAUUAUUUUCACACAAAUGUGCAAAACCUUUUUCACAAGUACCGUCCUUAAAGUCGUACCCAUUAAUUGGGCACACGUAUUUGUUUUUACCAGGGGGCCCUUAUAAAACAGAACGACUUACUGAGACAGUGUUGGAUAUUAGUAAAAAACUGGGCCCCAUAUUUAAAUUAAACCUGGGGGGUAUGACUUUAGUGAUAACAACUAAUGCAGAUGACACACAGUUAAUGUAUAGAAAUGAAGGGGUCAGACCUCAUAGACCACCAUUCCCUGCCUUGGCUCACUGUAGAAAAAAGGAAUUCAAUAGUUGUGGAGUGGUACCUGGAAAUGGAGAGGAGUGGUACAAAUUCAGAACAGGUGUUGUGAGCUUGUUGAAGCCUGGCGUCGUUUCAAGGUAUACUCAGAGGCAUGAAAUAGUUGCAAAGAAUUUUAUAAAAUAUUUAGACAUGCAAAAAGAUUCCAGCAAUGUUGUUGAAGAUCUAUUUGAACACUUACAGAGAUUUACAAUUGAAGCUAUAUCUGUUGUAUGUCCAGGAGUCCAAUUUAAAUGUAUACAUAAUGAGAACUUACAAUUCUCUGAUAUAAUGAAUGCCAGCAAAAAUUUCAUGGAUGGUUUAUACUCCACUUUGAUGGGCCCUCCAAUAUGGAAGAUCAUUAAAACUGAUGGCUAUAAGAAAUUGGAAUCCUCACAUAAAGUCAUUUAUAAUGUAAUGAAAGACCACUUAAAUAACUUAAAGAUUAAGUAUGAACAAGAUGCAGCACUAGUUGAAGAAGAGAACCCAUUCAUGUAUGCCCUCUUCCAAAAUGAUAAUAUGUCAUGGGACGACAAAAUAAUGCUAUCCAUGGAAGUAUUUUUUGGAGGUAUUGAUACUACUGCAACUACCAUAGCUUUGACUUUGCAUUAUCUAGCGGAAAAUGAACGAACUCAGAGUAUUGCGCGAAACGAUACUAAAUCUGAAGAUCUUAGGUACUUGAGGGCUUGUGUUAAAGAAACCUUAAGGUUAUCGCCGACCGCGGGUGCCAACAGUCGGUUUUUGAUACGUGAUACCGAAAUCGGAGGAUAUCUGAUACCUAAAAAUACAUUGGUUUCAGCAUUUAGUUCUGUGACUUGUUGUGACGAAAAAUACUUCAAAAACGCUAAAGAAUUCAAGCCGGAAAGAUGGCUUCGGGAAAAGAAAGAAAAUUACCACAAGUUUGCGUCUUUACCCUUUGGUUAUGGACCAAGGAUGUGUCCAGGAAAGCGACUCGCUGAAAAUGAGAUGGUAUUGUUAAUAAAGGAGAUUUUGUUGAAUUAUAAGUUGGAACUACCGAAUGAAUCUACAGAUAUUGGGAUGAUAUACCGUAUGAAUCGUGUACCAGAUCAGCCUGUAAACAUAAAAUUCGUACCAUUAUCAUAAUUAUUUAUUUUUUAUUUUGUUAAAACUUGAAUAAGUUAAGUUUAUUUUCCAUAUAUUUUAUCUUGUAGAUCAUAUAUCAUAUUUUUAACACUCUUGUUAUCUGAUUUUAAUAAAAUGUGAUUAAGAAAAAAACUCGAAAUUAAAUACAAAUUACUAAAUAUUUAUUAUUUCAUUGUACAACAAUACAUAUGUUUGUCUCCAUUUACAUGUUGUAUAUACAAGUUGUAUGAAUAGUUUGAUUGAUAUAGUUGUUCAAAUAUUUGUACAGUAAAAUUUGAUUAUUAAAGCUUAUACAACAAUAUUAUGUUCAGGUCACAGAUUCUAUAAGAAGCGAACAAUAAAUAUUUGACGUUAAAAAUAGAACAAUAAACACAAUUAAUAAAUUUAAAAUUGUAGCUUCCUAUAAAAUUCUGUGAUUACGUCAUGUCAAUUUUGAAUUACUAUUGUCGAUGCUUUAACUUUUAUACAUUUAAAUAAGGCAUACUUUUCUGAUAUAAAAAGUAAUAGUACGUUUCAAAACAUUACUGUACACAAAAAUUUGUAAUGAUAUAAUUUUAUCUAAUAAAAAUCAUAAAAUUG